CGCAUCUUCGGUGAAAGUUUGCAAUCUUUUUGAUGACCUGAAGCGGAGUGUCUCAACGCUUUGGGGGAUUUCUGUCGUAGUUAAAAUCUAAGGAUAUAGUACUUUUUUGGCAGCGAUUUCAUUGAAAAAUUCAAUUAUAUCAAAGGCGUAUCGGUUACGACAUGAAGCACAUUUUUAUCUUUUUAAUCCUGCCCUUAUACAGUGUUUGUUACGCGGAGGCAGUAAGAACCAGAAAAACGACAGAGUCUGAUGUAGUCUGUACUUUCAAAGAAAAGACAUACCGUCCCGGAGACAGCUGGCAUCCGUAUCUUGAGCCCUUCGGAUUAAUGUUUUGUAUGCGAUGUGUCUGCACAGAGACUGGCCAUGUGAAAUGUAACACCAUUAAGUGCCCUGUCGUUAGGUGUGAACAUCCCAUAACUGAAUCUCAACAGUGCUGCCCCCGUUGCGCAGACGAGCGUAGGACUCCUGCGGGCUUAAGGGCUCCUGUCAAGACGUGCCGUUAUAACGGGAGCCAGUACCAAACUGGGGAGACCUUUGCCAAUUACGACCUCUUCCCAUCCCGGCAAACGAAUCAGUGCGUCAUGUGUACCUGCUCUGAUGGAAAUAUCUUCUGCGCGCUGAAGACUUGUUUACCACUAACGUGUUCUACUCCAGUUCCAGUGCCUGAUACCUGUUGUCUUAUGUGCAAUGAUUCUGUCAAUACAGCAAAUUCUGCUUCAGUGGAGGAAGGAGGACAGCAAUUGAAUCGAGGAGUUGUAUGUGCUCUGUUAAACAAGAAAAAGAGGCAUUCCCAAGACCACUGUGCUGGAGAGCAGCAGCUGAAAAGCAAGGCUGUCCGGGCCACUCCGUCCACAGCGCGGGGCCCACUGAGGGCUGCGGGCCUCCAGAGCCUCCGCCUGAAAGGGGCUGCGGGGACCACUGUGAAGAUCCUCCUACAGAAGAACCAGCAGAAGGCUUGCGUGUACAGUGGCAGGACUUACUCCCACGGGGACGUGUGGCAUCCAGUGCUGGGGAAAGUGCUGGAAUGCAUUGUGUGCACCUGCAGGGAUGGCGUGCAGGAGUGCAAACGCAUCACGUGCCCCAACCAGUAUCCCUGCCAGCACCCCGAGAAGGCCGAGGGCAGGUGCUGCAAGACAUGUCCAGAGCUGAAAGCCGAAUCAAACGGGACGCAGUGCGGCCUUGGGCAGAGCAGCAACAGCCUGUUAGUUUACAAAGUGGAGCCUUCAGCAGAGAAUGGCACGCAGGACACAAUCAGGGUCAUUGCAGUCGAAAAACAAGGAGCGAAUGUGAUUGAAGUGCAGUUGUGGAAAACUGUAGAAGGAAUUUUGCACCUGGCUGAAACAUGGGACCUUCAGAAGAAGGAUCUCACUCAACACCCAGAGAACUAUGUUCUACUGACUACAGUAGAUGAGGAGAGCUGGGCAAAAUUCAAGGAGAAUGAGAAGAAGAGAAAGGAAUUCCCCAAAACCCAGAUCUGUGAGGGGGGAAUUAAAGAACUGCUCAAAUUCCUGAACCCUGAGCGACUGGACAGCCAGUGUAGUCCUUAAUACCUCCUUAGUCCCUCGUCUUCCUGACUUUCCCAGCCAUACAUAGACGCUUCACCUCCACUGACUGUGCUUGAUCAGGGGGAUAAAAAAUUUUUUUUUUGCUUGGAAUUUUUCACCAGCUGCACCUGAGGUUUGGAUCUAUUUUCCAGUGACAUAGUUUGUUUUCCCAAGGGUGGUGCUGGUCUGACUGGAGGGGCCCCACGGCACGGCACUGAUAAUUUGAUAAUGAUAUAGGCCAGGUGUUGGAGACAGAAUAGAAUCUGCCAAUUGGCAGAAUUUAGUGGAUUCAUUUGUCACAAAAUGCCAUUUAUCAUCUUCAGUGUUUUCUGGUCUUAAGUGCAGAUUCAGGAGGUAACCAGCAGGGGCGCUGCUAGAGAUUUUGGGCCCCAUAAAAGCUAAUUAAAUUGAGCUCCUCAAUCCAGACCAGUCCACUUAUGUUCCAGGUUUUUUAGGGCCCCUGUCACUUGGAAUUGUCCUAAACCCCCCGCCCCCCUCUUUAUGGCACCCCUGGGAACCAGUUAAAGAUUUGAAAAGUUACUAUUUAGUCAAUAGGAGUAAAGUCACAUUUGAGGAUUGUUGAAAGAGUUUGUAUGCAGUUCUGCACUUGAGUCAUAAUUUCAAAAUUGCCACACAGAAUUUACGUAAUGUUAGUUUUUGAAAUUUGGCAUGUCAUGUCCUAUAUAUUUGUCAUUUGUGGAUUUUUCAUUGCUUAGUUAGAACAAAUUGAGCAGGAACAUGAUAUACUUUAUCACUGAGAAGAGAAUAUCAUUUUAUUUUUACCAAGAUAACAAUUGAAAAGCAGACUGAACACCUCCUUGGGGUCCAAUAUUCCUUUUGAUGUGAUAUGCUCAUGUCAACAGUCUCGGUUAGGUCACCAGGUGUAAGAUAAUCCCUUUUCAUUUCCCCUUUUCAUGUUAAUCAGUUUAAGAUUAAUGCAGAGUUUGAAAAGACAAGGCCCGUUCAGUGUGAGUUAGAAUUAAUAUCCCUUCUCUCUGAACCCCAAAAACCCUCAACAAAAUCACAAUGGGCCUUUGUGCUGGCCUGACACAUGGUGCCAACCAAACCUGUUCAUCUCUCACUGUAGGCUUCACCAAAUAUGUUGAGACAGAAGCCCUUUUGAUGCAGCUCCUAAUGGACACACAAUGAAGCCGUGAAUAAUUUCCACUGGCUGUCGGAGUUGACAGUUUUUGGCGAUUUGUCUGAGUGGUGUUAAUCAAGGCUAGGAUGUUUUCACAGAGAAUUCCGGGAGGAGGGUGUGUCUUAUGAUGUACAUAAGCUUACAGUGCCUUGAUCAUUACCAAUGUUUUUGAGUAUAAUACCAUUGACAACUAAAAUUAGACUGUCUAAGAAUUAAUACCUAUUGUUAAAAGUAAUUAUAUACAUUGUGCUCUUUUCUGCAGAUGUUGGUAAUGAGGCAAAAUGCUUGCCUUAACUCUAAAAUCCUCCUUAAAAAGCAUUUGGGAGCACACAGCACUGGGUGAGUAAUUUUCACAGGUGCUGUGCUGUAGGACUACUGGCAGUAUUUUGAUUUUGGAUACUUUGGAACAAUAUGGAAUUGCAAAAUCCAUCACAGAGUAUCAGCUGGAACAGACUUCUACACAUGACGGGUCAAUUUACUUAAAUAUGGAGAUUAUGAAAUUAUUUUAAGUUGCAUUUGAUCAAUUUGGACACGCAUGCUUUGUCUCGGCUGCGGCUAUUUUAACAGCUGGGGGUAGUCAGUAGAUAUACAUCAGCAGAAGUGUCAGCUCUUUGUGUGAACGGAUCUGCAAAUUUCCAAUACAGGUUUUUAAAGUGGGGAAUUCUCAAAAAAAAAAAAAACUUUGCCUUUGCUAUUUACCAAUCCCAAAUAGUAAAAUCCUUCAGAAAAAGCAUAAUGCUUAACUAUGAAUAGUAAGGAAAUUAAUCAAACAUUCCAAAAUAUUUUUGCAUUUAAAACAUUUCCACAAAGUAGUGUGAGUGCCAUUAUUAUGAAUCUGAAUUUUUUAUAUAAUAGGUGUUAUGGCAGUUUGUCCGUCAGAUGUACUUAACCCAGGGAUUGCCAUAAAGAAGGGGUCUCAAACUCCAGUCCUGGGGGG